CCGAGCGGGGCCGAGCAUCCUGCGCCCCGGCGCGGGGCCCUGCGGUAGCCCUCGGGCCGCUCCCCGGGACCGCUGCACACCCAGAGCGCACGACAGACGCCGCAGCCAUGACCACCCACGUCACCCUGGAAGAUGCCCUCUCCAACGUGGACCUGCUGGAGGAGUUGCCGCUCCCGGACCAGCAGCCAUGCAUCGAGCCGCCACCAUCCUCCAUCAUGUACCAGGCCAACUUCGACACGAACUUCGAGGACAGGAAUGCAUUUGUCACGGGAAUCGCAAGGUACAUUGAGCAGGCAACAGUCCACUCCAGCAUGAACGAGAUGCUGGAGGAGGGGCACGAGUAUGCCGUCAUGCUGUACACCUGGCGCAGCUGCUCCCGGGCCAUUCCCCAGGUGAAAUGCAAUGAGCAGCCCAACCGGGUGGAGAUCUACGAGAAGACGGUGGAGGUACUGGAGCCCGAGGUCACCAAGCUGAUGAAGUUCAUGUACUUCCAGCGCAAGGCCAUCGAGCGCUUCUGCAGCGAGGUGAAGCGCCUGUGCCACGCCGAGCGCAGGAAGGACUUCGUCUCCGAGGCCUACCUGCUGACCCUCGGCAAGUUCAUCAACAUGUUUGCCGUCCUGGACGAGCUGAAGAACAUGAAGUGCAGCGUCAAGAACGACCACUCUGCCUACAAGAGAGCUGCCCAGUUCCUGAGAAAGAUGGCUGACCCCCAGUCAAUCCAGGAAUCGCAGAACCUGUCCAUGUUCCUGGCCAACCACAACCGCAUCACCCAGUGUCUCCACCAGCAACUGGAAGUGAUCCCAGGCUAUGAAGAGCUGUUGGCGGACAUCGUGAACAUCUGCGUGGAUUACUAUGAAAACAAGAUGUACCUGACCCCCAGUGAGAAGCACAUGCUCCUCAAGGUGAUGGGCUUCGGUCUCUACCUGAUGGAUGGAAACGUCAGCAACAUUUACAAGCUGGAUGCCAAGAAGAGAAUCAACCUCAGCAAAAUCGAUAAGUUCUUUAAGCAGCUGCAGGUGGUGCCCCUUUUCGGCGACAUGCAGAUAGAGCUGGCCAGAUACAUUAAGACCAGUGCUCACUAUGAAGAGAACAAGUCCAAGUGGACCUGCACCCAGAGCAGCAUCAGCCCGCAGUACAACAUCUGCGAGCAGAUGGUCCAGAUCCGAGAUGACCACAUCCGCUUCAUCUCCGAGCUGGCCCGCUACAGCAACAGCGAGGUGGUGACGGGCUCGGGACUGGACAGCCAGAAGUCGGACGAGGAGUGCCGGGAGCUGUUCGACCUGGCCCUGCGAGGCCUGCAGCUCUUAUCCAAGUGGAGCGCCCACGUCAUGGAGGUGUACUCCUGGAAGCUCGUUCACCCGACAGACAAGUUCUGCAACAAGGACUGCCCCGGCACGGCCGAAGAGUACGAGCGAGCCACCCGCUACAACUACACGAGUGAGGAGAAGUUCGCCUUCGUGGAGGUGAUCGCCAUGAUCAAGGGCCUGCAGGUGCUCAUGGGGAGGAUGGAGAGCGUCUUCAACCAGGCCAUCCGCAACACCAUCUACGCCGCCCUGCAGGACUUCGCCCAGGUGACGUUGCGUGAGCCCCUGCGACAAGCCGUGCGCAAGAAGAAGAACGUCCUCAUCAGUGUCCUGCAGGCAAUUCGCAAGACCAUCUGUGACUGGGAGGGAGGCCGAGAGCCCCCCAAUGACCCGUGCUUGAGAGGGGAGAAGGACCCCAAAGGUGGCUUUGACAUCAAGGUGCCCCGGCGUGCCGUGGGGCCGUCCAGCACGCAGUUGUAUAUGGUGCGCACCAUGCUUGAGUCGCUCAUCGCAGACAAGAGCGGCUCCAAGAAGACCCUGAGGAGCAGCCUGGAUGGGCCCAUCGUGCUCGCCAUCGAGGACUUCCACAAACAGUCCUUCUUUUUCACACACCUGCUCAACAUCAGCGAAGCCCUGCAGCAGUGUUGUGACCUCUCCCAGCUCUGGUUCCGAGAAUUCUUCCUGGAGUUAACCAUGGGCCGGCGAAUCCAGUUCCCUAUUGAGAUGUCCAUGCCUUGGAUUCUAACGGACCAUAUCCUUGAAACCAAAGAACCUUCCAUGAUGGAGUACGUCCUCUACCCCUUGGACCUGUACAACGACAGCGCCUACUACGCGCUCACCAAGUUUAAAAAGCAGUUUCUGUACGAUGAGAUCGAAGCCGAGGUGAACCUGUGUUUUGAUCAGUUUGUCUACAAGCUGGCGGACCAGAUCUUUGCUUACUACAAAGCCAUGGCUGGCAGUGUCCUGUUGGAUAAACGCUUUAGAGCUGAGUGUAAGAAUUACGGAGUCAUCAUUCCAUACCCGCCGUCUAAUCGCUAUGAGACGCUGCUGAAACAGAGGCACGUCCAGUUGUUGGGUAGAUCAAUUGACUUGAACAGACUCAUUACCCAGAGGAUUUCGGCUGCUAUGUAUAAAUCCUUGGACCAGGCCAUCAGCCGCUUUGAGAGUGAGGACCUCACCUCCAUCGUGGAGCUGGAGUGGCUGCUCGAGAUCAACCGGCUCACGCACCGCCUCCUGUGCAAGCACAUGACCCUGGACAGCUUCGACGCCAUGUUCCGGGAGGCGAACCACAACGUAUCAGCCCCCUAUGGCCGCAUCACCUUGCACGUCUUCUGGGAGCUGAAUUUUGACUUCCUCCCCAACUACUGCUAUAACGGAUCCACAAACCGUUUUGUCCGAACUGCCAUCCCUUUCACCCAAGAACCACAACGAGAUAAGCCCGCCAAUGUCCAGCCUUAUUACCUGUAUGGAUCCAAGCCUCUCAACAUUGCCUACAGCCACAUCUACAGCUCCUACAGGAACUUCGUGGGGCCCCCGCACUUCAAGACCAUCUGCAGGCUCCUGGGCUAUCAGGGCAUCGCCGUUGUCAUGGAGGAGUUGCUGAAAAUCGUGAAAAGCCUGCUCCAGGGCACCAUUCUGCAGUACGUGAAGACACUCAUCGAGGUGAUGCCCAAAAUCUGCCGCUUGCCGCGACACGAGUACGGCUCCCCAGGGAUCCUGGAGUUCUUCCACCACCAGCUGAAGGACAUCAUUGAAUACGCAGAGCUCAAAACAGACGUGUUCCAGAGCCUGAGGGAGGUGGGCAACGCCAUCCUCUUCUGUCUGCUCAUAGAGCAGGCUCUGUCUCAGGAGGAAGUCUGCGAUUUGCUCCACGCGGCGCCCUUCCAGAAUAUCUUGCCCCGAGUCUACAUCAAAGAGGGAGAGCGCCUGGAAGUCCGGAUGAAGCGUCUGGAAGCCAAGUACGCCCCGCUUCACCUCGUCCCCCUGAUAGAACGGCUGGGAACACCUCAGCAAAUCGCCAUCGCUCGGGAGGGUGACCUGCUGACCAAGGAGCGGCUCUGCUGCGGCCUGUCCAUGUUCGAGGUCAUUCUGACUCGCAUUCGGAGCUACCUGCAGGACCCCAUCUGGAGGGGCCCGCCGCCCACCAACGGCGUCAUGCACGUCGACGAGUGUGUGGAGUUCCACCGGCUGUGGAGCGCCAUGCAGUUCGUCUACUGCAUCCCCGUGGGGACCAACGAGUUCACAGCUGAGCAGUGCUUCGGCGACGGCUUGAACUGGGCCGGCUGCUCCAUCAUUGUGCUCCUGGGCCAGCAGCGGCGCUUCGACCUGUUCGAUUUCUGCUACCACCUGCUGAAAGUGCAGAGGCAGGACGGGAAGGACGAGAUCAUUAAGAACGUGCCCCUGAAGAAGAUGGCCGACCGGAUCAGGAAGUACCAGAUUCUGAACAAUGAGGUUUUUGCCAUCCUGAACAAGUACAUGAAGUCGGUGGAGACGGACAGCUCCACCGUGGAGCACGUGCGCUGCUUCCAGCCACCCAUCCACCAGUCGCUGGCCACCACCUGCUAGUCGGUGGUCUUGCACAUGUACAGAUGUUUCACCAGGCGGGGGAGAAGCAGGCGAGGAACCACCGGUCAGCCCGCAGCGGUCCGACUGGACAGCGCGUGGAAGCAGACGAGAGCUCCCCAGACGUGUGUGCCCCGCUCCCGGGGGCUGGCCUCGUGCAUGCUCUCCCUUGACACCCCCAUGGUGGGCUUGCCGUAGUGUAAAUGAAAACCAAACUCAAACCCCGGGGCGGUGUGCGCUUUCUUUUCUUCUUUCCCGUUAGUGUGUCCACGAGCUCCUUUUCCAUCCUGCAGCUCCUCCCGUCCCCAGCUGUGGUUGCUUCCCAAGGCCUUCUCCCAAGAGCGCACCUUCCUACCCAGUAUCCAUAGGUCAUCCUAGGACUGAAGUCUUGGGAGACUGACAGAGAGGGUGGCCGUGACAGAGACAUGUCCCUGGCCCUGCGGUGAGCUCGGCUUGCAGGCCUCUUUCUCUUCUCUGGCUCCCUGGUGACCCCUCCUCCUGCUCUGGAGGCGUGUGCUUCGACGAGAGGUUGAGUCAUGGUAAACUAAAGAGAGGUUCCUGACUGCCGUGACACUAGAUGGUGCCAGCUAGGGCCUUCCACAGGCUCCACGGGUCCCAUUCCAAUUCCCCUCUCAGAGCAGUGCCAGGGAAGUGGCAAAAAUGCUGUCAAAACCAUACCCUAGCCGGGCGUGGUGGCGCGCGCCUUUAAUCCCAGCACUGGGAAGGCAGGGGUAGGAGGAUCGCUGUGGGUUCGAGGCCACCCUGAGACUCCAUAGUGAAUUCCAGGUCAGCCUGGGCUAGAGCGAGACCCUACCUCGAAACACCAAACCCUGACUGAGCGGCCUGAGGUUAGGACAACGGACACGCUGCGUCGAAGCAGCGUCUGUGAACACAGCCAGGAACACGGGAGCCCAGUGGGAAGCCGCUGUGUCUUCUCGGCAGCAUGGCGGUGAGGGGCGACUCGGGUCCUCACACGAACGCUCGGUUAGCGCUGGACCACGCAGGGUAGCGGACGUGUCAACAGCACUUCACACAGCACCGGCCAGUAACCAAAUCAGUGGUCACCUCUUGGCAUCGAAUCACAUCAGAGAAUCUCCCACAAGAAAGAAUUCAGGGCUUAUUACCAUAGGGGCCAAAAGCAUCUUGGAGACAAGAGGGCAAAAUAUGAACAAUCCUUGUCAACAAGCUUUUAAUCAUGAGAUAGACCCCCACAAAAGAUGUCCUACUUCAGUUCACUGGAAGGAUCUUCUAUGGCUCAGCUGCCGAAAGAUUCUUGGAACGUGUUAGGUUUUACUGUCAAGUUCCUGUUCUCAUAGUGCUCCUCAAGUUAGGUUUUGGGGUAUAGAUUCUCUAACAAGGGUGUGUUUACUUCUGUUAUCCAGACUGAAUUAAAAAUUCCUCCUACUGAUUCCCCAAGAUCUCUAGAAAUCUUCACUUUCCCAUGUUUCUCUGUUACACACCGAAGAUGGCGUCUCACUACUGUAGGGAGCUUAUUCUGCCAACUCGGGGCUUCCGGCGACUUCUGAGCCGUGAAAGAAAGCACUGGUCAUUUAGGAAGGAGGUUUAAACUGGAAGCUGGCCGGAUCCCAUCAGGCACUGCUACAUCCUAUUCCAUCCUUUUUGUUUCUCUCUUUUGAUGACCUUAGAUGUAGUCCAGAGCCAAAGGAGACAGGUUAUUCCACAUGGCAUAGUUAUGGUAACUCCCACCUAAAAAUUUCUAAGCUUCAGAACCUUCCAGAUCUUCAGUCCCUCCUGGGAGCAGCAGCUGGCUCUCCUCAGAUAGAUGACCAGAUUUUAAGUUCUGCAGUUCAUCUGAAGUCUUUGAUCGGGUUUGUAAAGAUGGGGGCCCUCCCAACAACUCAUCGCUCCCCUCUGCAUCCAUCACCACAACACUGACCCUCUGGGAAGAGUCACAUUAUCCUUCAGAGAUCUGACCCCAGUAAACGCAAGUCCUCACUUGCAGGAGAGAGUUCAUUCCCUCAACUCGCCAGCACCUCUUACUUAUGGACACUGGACACGUUUACUGUUCUAUCCUCACUGGUUUGUUGCUGUCCCCCCUUUGAUUUUUUUUAAUGUAUCUAAAAAUCAAGAUUAAAAGCUUAGAUAUUAAAAAGUUUAAAAGCUUCUGUUUCAGAAACUGUUAAAUGUACCAUAUUUGUAUUAAGAGUUGUUGGGGAUUUUUGUACAAUGAAUUUACAUUUAUUUAUGGUGACAUAUUUACGCUUGUGAUCAAAUAAUGAUGUUAAAUUCUUAAAUCAUAUUUGCUAUGCAGCUGAAGAUGAUAUUUUGAUUUGUAUUUUGGGGGUAUCUGUGUUGAGUUGAUAAACAUUUCCAUCUCCAUUAAAAUUGCUUCCAAACUA